GAACUCUUGGGUUUCUCUUUGAAAUUGAAUUGAUUAAUAUCAUGUCAUUAAACGGUAGAGAAAGACCUGGCAUGUGUAUCAAAUUUCCGUGGGCACGUGAACGCCUCACACACAGGCAGUGAGAUAGUUCAGAGAAAUGAGGCGUUGCUGCUGAAUUCUUUCACUUCCUCUCUCACUGAGUCUGUUCUCACACUGAGUUUGUGCUGAGGAACAGCUCGUCUCUGCUGUCGGUGAAGUCCACAUGAGUAGUGGGCGAAUACAACUUUUAUUUUGAAGAGCCGUGUUUACAGAGCUGGUGCUGGGGACGCUGUCGUGAAGUGACCGUUCUGCAGUAAAUAUGGAUCAGAGAGAAGAAGCCAGAUGCCUGAACAUCCUCACCUUACACAGAGAGCUGCUGGUGUCGAGGCUGAGGAGCCUCCAGUGCAUCCUGGACAACCUGCUGGCUUGUGGCUUCCUCUGUGAAGAAGAUGUUGAGAUCGUACAACAAACUGUCACCAAGACGGAUCAGGUGCGCAAAAUCUUGGAGCUAGUCCAGUGCAAAGGGGAGGAGGCCUGUGAAUACUUUCUUUUCAUCAUAUACAAAGUGUGUGAUGCAUACAUAGACCUGCAGCCAUGGCUGGAAGAGAUCAACUUCAAACCGAGCAGUGACAUAAUGCUGAUGAGUGUGGAGAACACAGAUCCCAUCAGCAGGUAUAGCGCAAAGUUGAGGCAGGAAAUGAGCCGGGACACCUGCUUCAUCAUGUCAUACGGCCAGCAAGACGAGACCCGUCUGGAGGAACUCUACACUGACUCUCUGAUGGAACUGUUGAAAGACAACAAUGAAAGUCUGGGCUUCGUGGAGAGUCUGGACCAGCUGCUCGGAGACCACAGCAUCUUUAAUCCUCAAGGUGAAAUCAUCUAUGUGAUUGGGGACGCUGGAGUGGGAAAAUCCCUCCUCCUUCAGAAGCUCCAGAACCUCUGGUCCAAGAAACAGCUGCAGACAGACGCCAUCUUCUUCUUUAAGUUCCGCUGUAGGAUGUUCAGCAUUUUUAAGGAAACAGAACAGAUCUCCCUCAGAGACCUCUUGUUCAAACACAACUGUCAUCCAGAUCUGGAUCCAGAUAAUGAGGUGUUUGAUUACAUCCUGCGCUUCCCUGAAAAGGUUAUUUUUACAUUUGAUGGCUACGAUGAGAUUCAGGAGAAUCUGGACCUGAUGAAUGUCCCUGAAGUGGUGUCGCCAGAGGACAAGGCACAUCCCCUCCAGCUGCUGAUCACCUUGCUCUCCGGGAAACUGCUCAAAAACUCCCAGAAGAUUCUGACGGCUCGGACAGGGAUUGAGCUCCAGAGCAGGGUGAUCAGAAAGAAGAUGGUUCUGCGGGGGUUCUCUCCAACUCAUAUGAAGUCCUACAUUAAUUUGCACUUUAAGGAGCAGGAACACAGAAAGCUGGUGUCAGAUCAGCUGGAUGCUAGCCCCCACCUCUGUGGCCUGUGCUCCACUCCGCUCUUCUGCUGGAUUCUAUUCAAGAGCUUUAGCCACCUGCACACCAUGCAUGAUAGCUUUCAUAUGCCUGACUCCUGCAUCACACUCACCGACAUCUUUCUUCUGCUGUCCGAGGUGUUCUUUAGCCGCUCAACCUCACCCGCUCCGUCUCUGCUGAAGAAAAGCAGCCGGUGUGCCUCAGAGACAUUCAAAUUAGGGCUUAGGCCCCUUGCUGCAUUUGCCAAGCUGGCACUUCAGGGUAUGGAGAGAGGCACCUUCAUUUGUAACCGAGAUGAGAUCGCUGCGUGCGGUCUCAGAGAGGAGGACCUGCCCCUCGGCUUUCUCCGACCUGUCAGUGACUGUGAAGCCAGCGGAAGCCCUGCUGACUUUGAAUUCCUCCACAUCACCCUCCAGUCUUUCUUGGCGGCAUUUGCGCUUUUGUUGGACGAGGAGGCUGCUGCAGACUCCAUUCUCAAGUUCUUCACAGAGUGCAGCAGGAAAAGGGAACCAUCCUGUCUGCUGUUUAACUUAUGUAUCACUGGCUCCUCAAAACACAGACAAAAGAAACCAUUUGCAACCAAUGAGCACCUUCAGUUCACAAAUCUCUUCUUGUGUGGACUGCUCUCUAAAGCUCACACUGGCCUGAUGGAGCAUCUGGUGUCUCCUGGGCUACUCAAGAAAAAACAGGCCGUGCUAAAAUCUUACCUGUCCACUGGUGUUAAGUCCCACCUCCGUGGUUUACCCCACUACACUGGCGAGGAAGGCAAGAAACUCCAUGUUAUGCCCAACUUCCUGUGGAUGCUGAGGUGCAUCUUUGAGACGGGGAGCAAAGAAAUCGCUCAACUGACAGCGAAAGGCAUCACAGCGAAUUCUAUCAAGCUGGGUUACUGCAACGUCUACUCGGGUGACUGCACCGCCCUCAACUUCGUACUGCAACACCGUCAGAGGCUCCUGGGCAUUGACAUGGAUAACAACAACAUCGGUGACUAUGGGGUGAAGCAGCUGAGGCCUUCGUUCUGUAAGAUGACAGUAGUGAGAUUGUGCGUCAAUCACCUGUCAGACAGCAGCAUUGAGGUGCUUGCAGAGGAGCUGUGUAAGCACAAGGUUGUGGAGGUCUUGGGACUUUACAAAAAUCACAUCACAGACAUUGGAGCCAAGCUGGUUGCUAAGAUAAUUGAGGAAUGUCCAAAGUUGCGAGUUCUCAAGAUCGGUGAAAACAAGAUCACUAGUGUUGGUGGGAGAUAUCUGGCCAGUGCAAUUCAGAAGAGCUCUUCAAUAUUUGAUGUUGGAAUGUGGGGGAACAGCAUCGGAGAUGAAGGGGCAGCAGCGUUCGCAGAAGCUUUGAGGCACCACCCAAAUCUUACCAACCUCAGUCUCUCAGCCAAUGGCAUCACAACAGAAGGUGGGAGGGUUUUGACGGAGGCUCUGAAAGAGAACAGCGCCCUCAGGAUAUUCUGGUUGACGCAGAACGAGUUGACUGACGAUGCAGCUCCAUACUUUGCUGAGUUGGUUAAAGUUAACACAGGUUUAAUACACCUCUGGUUAGUCAACAACCAGUUCACUGUGAAUGGGAUCAAACACCUCGCCGAGGCCCUCGCUCACAACUCGGUGCUCGAUGAGAUAGUUGUGAAAGGAAACCAGGUCUCUGCAGAGGAAGAGGAACAGUUUAACGGGGAGAAGAGGCUGCGCUUCCACUGAGGAGCCAAUCGUGUGAGACGAGCACAUGUUGAGUAAUCUAUGUACGGGGAGUGAAGUUGUUGUGUUCACUGUGUGCAUGCACAGUAUUAGCAUUAGCAAACUGUUGAGGUAUGGUGUUAUACUUAAUGCUUUCACCUGACUGUGGGCACAAAGUUACAUUAUUUACUUGCAAAUAUUAUAUCAAGUAAUCAUCAUUAUUGAUGAAUCUUAAAGGGCCCAUAUUUUGCACCUUUCUGGGAUUUAAUUUGAGGUAUUAGUACCCCUAAGAUGAUAUAUCAGUGGUUUAAAGUCGGAAAAACUGCUGCAAUGUGUAUUUUCAUGUCCUUUCUUCUGCCUCUCUCUGGAGCUGCAGACAGAACAGGCUGUUUUCGCCUGCCUCUUGAGCCCCUCCUCUGAUUGGCUGACUGCACUUAUCGCCGGUCUCAUUCUGCCGUAUUCCCUCUGGUAAACACAGCUGAAAGACACGUUAUGUUUGCAGCUAUAGAAGACCAGUCACAUAUUUACAGUCGGUUAUAACAGGAUGUUUCUGAACGGUAAGUUACACUGUCCUCAUAUUUGUUCAAGUUUUAGCAGGACAGUCGGCCAAUGUAGGAGUAACGUCCCGAGUUACAGUACGGAGUUUCACAACGGAGUUUCAAUACAAAGUAACGUCCAGCGACACGGCCCAUCAGAAGAAUGGUGGUGGUGGUGGUGGCGGUGUUGAGCGGGGGUGGUGGGUUCGGAGGCUGGACUGGUACCGGCUGGGUGGGGCUGAGAGACGAGUGCGAUCCCGAAUGACAUCAUACGGGGGAGGAAGUAC